AUUUCAGCCAAUGGCAUCGCCGGAUUCGACGCACCGGCCGCGGCCGCGGCCGCGAUCUUGACGGAAUGGCAGCAGAAUCCCUUUCGUCCUCGUCUCGGAAUGGAGCGCUUUAGCUACUCGCGCAACGGCGGCGUCGACCUGAGCUGCAGUGUGCGCGUCUCGGUGCCCAGCACCGUCGUCGUCGACGGCAAGACGUACUACAAGGUCGCAAUGAAGACUGUCAAGACAGCGCCGGCCAAGUCGUGGGAGGUCGUGCACCGAUACUCGGAGUUCCUCGCCCUCAAGCAAACGCUCCAUGCGCACUUGAGCGAGCAAACGGAACUCGAGAAGACGUGCCCGGGCUGCCAGCACUAUAUGCAUGCGCUUGGCCAAUUUGACUUUCCGCGCAAGCACCUCUUCUCGUCCAACUCGGCCAUGGUCAUCAAGUACCGCCAGGUUUCGCUCCAAGCCUUUGUCUCGAUGCUGGCGUCGCACACGUUCACAACAGCGCCGCGGUGCCCCACGUGCAGCGGCCACGCGUUUGAGCUCGUGCGCGACUUCUUCAUCGUGAACGACAAUCCAUCGAUCCUCGAGAAGCUCCCGAUGCCGAUCCAAGAGGCCGGCAAGUCCGAGUCGCUGCGGUCGGCGCUCACGGUCGACAACUUUCUUGAAGUUCAUCCCGUCGCGCGCGACACGGUCGUCAACAGCGAUGGCGAGUUUCUCUCGUCGCCGGCCAAACCGUCCCCCGGCGAGCCAUCCCCUUCGAAGCAACGCGGGUCGUCCAAACAGCCUCCGCCAGCGCCCUUGCCAUCGGCAAAAGUAGGCCACAUCCAGACAAGCCAGCCUAUGCCGGCCAAGGUGUCGGCGUCGGUGCCAGACGCGCCCCUCGAUGUUGACCGCUACUCGUUCGAGAGCGGCAUGCCCAUCGCUACUAACCCACCGCCGGUCGUGCGUGAAGAGAGCGCCGAAGACGACGACGACAACUUGUCUUUUGACGGCGUCCGCAUCUCGGACCAGGACGACGAGAAUGCGUUAAACAUGGACUUUCUCGCGCCGAAACUGAAGGCCCAGCCCUCAGUGCCCACGACCUUCUAGUCAACGAUGCGUCUAACUUAAAACCCACGAUUAACGCACAUCGUUGACAGCCUCUA